AUCUCAUCCUCCUAAAAGUUGAGAAUACUUUUUAGCCUUUGCCUAUAAUAACAAGUCCCUCCCCAAUCUCCCCAUAUCUCGUUCUACUCUUGACACCCUCCUACAUGAUAUUCUCCUCCCUCUCGUCCUAAGAACAUGGAAUUUGCAAAACUGGUGCUAUUUCUGUUCAUCUCCAUCGUCCUACCACCUUGUUUGAGCAUGCCAAUUCCCAUCAUCAGUGCCAUUGUUCGACUUGUUAUGCGGUCCAUUCACCUCCAAGCAACAGCACAUUUAACAUGGCAGUGGGGCUGUCCAUUUGCUGGUCGACGUCCUCAACCUUCUUCCACUUCCAGCUAUGCUCCAUGUUUGCAGCAGGCAUUGACCCUAUGCAGUGUAGAACUUUGUAACCCAGCCUGUAAGUCUCCAUUGGAAGGAUCAAAUGAGCAAGUAGUGUGUGUCUUCUGCCUGUCUAAUAUUGAGGAAGGUGAAGAGAUAAGAGAACUCAGAUGCCGGCACCUCUUCCAUAAGAGCUGCUUCGAUCGAUGGAUCGAGCACGGGAGGGCCGCGUGCCCUCUUUGUCGGAAUUCUUUGAUUUUACAAGAAACCAAGGCAAAGGUCCCUGACAUGGACGACGAGGAGCUUGACAACUCUGCUGUCUCGUUUUGGUGGCUUCUGUAUCUGAGUGGAUGGUCAUUGUGGUCAGUUCUCUUGGACACCAUGGCUGCUAGCCAAUGUGAAAAAGUUGCAGAGUUGUGGAAUGAGAUGGAUAGCUUCUUUUGUUGAUCUCCAGUUAUCGAAUUUUAGAUACAUUAGUAAUGCAUUCACUUUGCUUCAAGUAAGUUGUCUGAUGGUUCAAGAAGUUGGGUUCAGUCCUCAUCCAACUGGAGUCUACCUGACUUUUAUCUAUUUCAUAGUACAAUAAUUCAGGCUGGGAUAGUUUUGAUAGUUAUAUUAAAAUUAGGUUGCAUGGUUUGGGUUGGAAAUUUUUUGUCUAGCUGCCAAACAAAUCAAACUGGAUUGAUUUGGUUCUAUGUCAAUUUUGUCUGACUUUGAACUCAACAUGAACCCAAUUCAACUCAACAAAUUGCAGCCACAGAUGCCACUUAUCAUAUGAAACACUUAGGAAAAACAUAUCGCAGGAGUUUUGCCAGACAUUGCCAAAUAGUUAAAUGUUGUGAUUAGAGAAACAGAGAACAACUUAGUUGAGGAUAUAGGAAAUCAGUGAUGGCAAGUGCUUGUUGGAUGCCUGUGGAAAAGAUCAUGUACAACAUGAAUAAAAGAAAG